GUCAAUAAUAGAGUUGGAAACUUCUACUAUYAAAAAAAGGAAUCAAAUUACUCUAUUCAACUGACAAGAUGAACAUCAUGACAAGCAUUUCAUGCUUUCUACUUGUUGUCUCUUUCCUACCCUGGAGUUCUGGUCAGUUUCCUAGAGUUUGUACAAACCUUGAAAGYUUGAAAACCAAGACAUGUUGUCCAAUUCCAAAGGGUUUUACUGAACCAUGUGGCAGCGAUGAAUACAGAGGAAGCUGUGAGGAACUGAUAAUUCGUGAUUGGAAUUACACCUACAGCCACUUUGAACCCUUCCAGAAGGAUGACGAACGUCACAAUUGGCCGCGAGCUCUGUACGUGAAAGCAUGCAAAUGUAACGGUAACUUUGGUGGUUACGAUUGCAGUAAGUGUGAGUUUGGCUACGGUGGCAGUAGCUGUCAGAAUAUUAAAAUCUUGAAACGGAGAAACUUUCUUAAGCUGUCUGCUGAGGAAAAAGAUCGUUACAUGCGAUAUGUCAACGAGUCUAAAUACUAUAUAAGCGACUAUGUCGUUACUAAAAACUUUUACCACGAAAUCAGUGAAGUAGUGAAAGCGGGUAAAGAUCCCAGUGGGCUCUUUUAUAAUGUUAGCAACUAUGAUCUAUUUACAUGGAUGCAUUAUUACACGGCACGAGACACUAUAUAUCCUCACAAUGUCACGCGGUCUGAUAUAGACUUUGCACAUGAUGGGCAAGGAUUUCUUACUUGGCAUCGACUGUAUUUGCUUGCAUGGGAGCGAACAUUACAGGAAAUUGCGAAGGAUGACGAGUUUGCUCUUCCAUAUUGGGAUUGGACUSAAGAUCCAAACGAUUGCAGUUYCGAAAUCUGCUCUAAGGAUCUACUUGGAGUUACCAACCAGUACUCAGGGGUCGUCGAAGGGAAAUACAUGGACAAAUGGUACGUAAUUUGUACCAGAGAAAUGACARACUUCCUUACAAAGCUUUGUAAUCCUAAAGACAGAAARACUGGCCUUACCAGGAACACAGAAAAUGCCAAAAAGAAAGCGGCCAAGGACCGAGGGUUCGUUAUGACUUACCCAACGAACGAGGAGGUAAACUUUGCACUUCGAUUUGGGUCGUAUGACGUACCUCCUUWUGAUAAACAGUCCAGCUGCAAUUUCAGAAAUAUGGUGGAGGGCUACGUCAGCACCAAAACAGGCUACCACCUUCCAAAUAGAUUCACCUURCAUAACCAGGUGCACAUUGUUACUGGUGGAGAGAUGGGAGAUGUUCCUUCAGCAUCGAAUGACCCUAUCUUUCCUCUUCAUCACUCAUUCGUGGAUCGUAUAUACGAGAAGUGGCUUCGCAAGUUUAAGAAAACUGCUUCAGUUCUUUCAAAGUUCGACGCACCAAUUGGCCACAACAAAUAUGACGUCAUUGUGCCAUUGUUUCCUGUUUACACUCAUCAGGAAAUGUUCAAGAGAUCUGUUGAUUUCGGCUAUGAUUAUGAAGAUGUUGACGAGAAMGGCAAUUCUCAUGAAGACAAGAGAGGUGACGAUUCUUCACUUGGAGAAUGCCCAGUACCUUGUCCUAAAAAAGAGUGACCGGCAAAUGCUUGAUUGGGCUCCUAUAAYGCUGACUAUAGCUUUAUGGCAAUCACUUUUGCUGAUUGAGGACGUGUAUCGUUCUCUAGUUUUAUAUAUACUGAGACUUGCUAUUAUGAGAAAAAUAUAAAUAAAUCCUUAGAUCGUGGCACUUUUGUAGCUGGGAUAGUUCAAAACGGUAUGUUUUCAAGUUUCAAUGAAAAGAGAUA